UUGAACCCUGACAAACCAGCACCUCGACAUGAUCCGAGAGAGUUGGUUCCGGUAUGGAGAGAUUAACAUCCUGUUGUAUCUAACUGUGAUACUGUUUGGUGUUGGAUCCUGGGUAGCGGUUAAUGGGUUACUCAUAGAGUUACCCGUACUAGUCCCACACCUACCGGAGGGCUGGGCAUUACCCUCAUAUCUAGUCAUGAUUAUACAACCAGCCAACAUCGGACCAAUCCUUGUCACCCUCGCGUACAUACUUACCAAUGACACCCUGAAUGAGAGGGCGGUUAUAUACACCAUCCUUACCAUAGGAGCGCUCGCCUGUCUGCUGCUGUCUUUCUUCUGGAAGAAAACCUCUGUAGUGGCUGGCGAGGAACACAGUACAGCUCUGAUGGCCCUACACUUCUUUCUGUCUAUCGUCGACUGUACAUCGUCCGUCCUAUUCCUGCCAUUUAUGUCCUUAUUCAGGGUUCAGUAUAUGACGGGUUAUUUCCUAGGAGAAGGGAUGAGUGGUCUGAUUCCAAGUCUGGUCGCCUUGGCACAAGGUGUCGGUAAAAUAUCGUGUGAAAAUGUCUCCUAUGUAGACACAUCUACUAACUUGUCUUCAUUUGAAAUCCAAACUUUAUACCAAGAACCUUAUUUCCCGGUGGAUAACUUCUUUAUAUUCCUGUUUGUGAUGAUGCUAUCAUGUGGACUGGCAUUUUCUUUAUUAAAUUACUUACCGUAUUUUAAGAAAGAACACAUUACUAUGCAGAAUGUUUGCAAGAACAGAGGCACCAUCGAAUUGCAGAGCAAUCAGAAAGUACAGGAUAAUUCACAAGAAACUGUUGAAUCGCUUCUUGAUGACAAAAACGGUGUUGUGAGGUUAAACGUGCCUCCGUCGUACACUCCAAUGUCCACGAGGACGUACUUGUACUUCCUGUGCCUGGUGGUAUGGAUAAACGCUCUAAGUAAUGGCGUCCUCCCGUCCCUUCAGACUUACUCGUGCCUACCGUACGGCUACGAUGCAUACCAUCUGGCAAUGACACUUGCAAACAUUGCCAAUCCCACAGCCUGUGUAGUGGCUUUACUACUUCCGGUUCCGACCUGCCUGGUAAUUAGUGUUCUCACUUUCCUUGGAACAUCUCUGUCGGCUUUCAUAGUGAUGACGGCUGUCCAGAGCCCUUUCCCUGUGUUGUAUGACGACCCGGCAGGACCGUUUGUUGUGGUAACAACGUGGGUCUUGAUGGGUUUCCUGAUGGUGUUUUCCAAGGUCUCACUAGCAACUCUCUUCAGGAAAGAAGGCAAGAGGGCGCUGCUUUGGUGCGGAGCUAUGACACAGGUCGGGUCACUAUCUGGUGCCAUCGUCACAUAUCUGUUAGUUAACGUGGCGAAAACCUUCCAAAGUGCGUCUGCCUGCUCCUAAUUCAUUGACAACAUCCUAUUAUCAUGUAUUGCAACUAAAGGUGGCGAAGCUUCCGGAUUGUCCGAAGAUGUUUAUAACAGGAGUCAUGAUUGAGAUGGAUCAUACCGCAAUUUACGGACUCGUUUUGGUGAUUUUUGGUCAUUUUCUCGUAUCAACCUCGAAAUAAAUUCUUUUUAAUU